AUGGAGAGCACGACCAAGGUGGACGACGAGCAGUGGCUGGCCUACUGGAUAAUCUACUCCUUCAUCACCCUCUUCGAAAUGGCGGCCGAGAAUGUCCUCUACUGGAUACCUCUGUGGUACGAGGCGAAACUGUUGUUGGUGGCGUGGCUGGUCCUGCCGCAGUUCAGGGGCGCGUCCUUCAUCUACGACAAGUUCGUCAGGGAGCAGCUGAGAAAGAACGGGGUGAGGCUGCAAGAUAACCACGGCCACGGCCAUGGCCACGCCGCCGACCACGUGCCGCACAUCUUCCAGGCUGAGCAUCAUGCCGUGCACUGA